UCAUUCUUGUUACAGUUCAGUGGCCAUGUUUCGUCAUUAUAAUUGAAAGAAAUUUAAUUUUCAGAAGACUUUUUCUUGAAUUUAUACAAAUCAAUUAUUUGCUCUUAAAAGUUAUGAAACAAUAUAAUCGAAAGUGUAAUCAAUUCAAAAGAAAUAUCGUGAAAAAUAUUUAGGUUUAGUGGUAAAAAAACUUAAAUUUUUGCAUGACCGCACCUGCAUUUUGUUAGAUCCAGAUUUUCAACGUAAGGUAAGUUUUGUUAACCAUAAAGUCGUAAAAGGGGUCUGUUUACUUCGAGGACCUUAGAGAUUGUUCUACGGACUGCCAGCACAAAAACUUGUUAUUUUUGUGACUGAAAUAUGUCGGACACCAUAACUGCACCCUUAAUACCACAAUUACAAGAGAUGCAACAACAGCAGCAACAUAAUGGCGUUAACACCAACGCAUCUAACGCCCAACAAUGGUAUUCCAAUCCGUGGUAUGCUAAUCAACAAUAUCAACAACAAUAUAGCCAAUAUUAUCAAUACUAUAUGCGAUACGGAUUACAACAACAACAACAACAGUCUCAACAAAGCAAUAAUGCACCCCCUGGAUUUAGUAAUUCUCUAAAUCAACAUGCCGAUAAAAAUUUACCACCACUACCAGCUGGUCCACCGCCUCCACCGCCAAUGACCCCUGGUAACAAUCAGUUGCAGGGUAAUCAGAAAGGGUUUGGUGGUAUACGGUUUAACUUGAAUCAACAGAAGCGCUUAGCCAAUGCUCCCAAUCCGUUACAAAAUUCAAACUCCCCGAUGAAUACUGCAGUUUUCCAAAAUAAUACGACUAAUAAUGGUAUAAAUACUAUGGCUAUGAACAACGUAAACGGUAGUGGUAAAAAAAAGCGUAAACGAAAUAAGAAACAGAACCCUCUACAACAACAGCAGCAGGCUGCUUUCGAUGCACAUUUCGAAAACCUGAAUACGAGUCAACAAAUGAAUGGAAGCUUCGUUAACACAUCUUUACCACCACCUACAAUUCCUCCUCCUAUAACUGCGGAUUUAACGAAACCGCCUCCUCCAAUUAUGCCGUAUUCCAACUUCAAAACCCAUGAUGCGGUUGAUGUUAAUAAACAGGGCGAACAAAAACCACUUACUAACAGUGUUAGUUCUACCGAGCCGCCUAAUAAAAAAAUAAAUAUGUUUAAUAAUCCCAAUGAUGCUUGGCCAGAGUCUUUGAAUAGUUAUGUAGCUCGUUGCUAUGCUAAAUGUGCUACCGAUUUGGAUAAGGACCAAAUUGAUAUAUGUCUGAAAGGAAAAAUAAUGGCAGCAGCUAAUCGGAAUGAGCUUUGGACUCGAGAUUGGGAUAAUGAGCCUGUUCCGAGUGUGCACAGUGAAAGAAACAAUGUACAAAUGCAACUGUACAACCAGAAACAAAAGCAACAACAGCCACAGGAACAUACACAAGACACACAAAAUUAUAAGCAGCAACAAAAUCAAAUAAACCAGAAACAAUCAACACAACAAAAGAAUUUAAAAGGUAUAUCACGUAGUUUAAACGCUCGAUUAGGUCAACGGAAUUCGUUUGGUGGCGCACAGAGGACAUCAAGAGAUUCUAGGAGUCGUUCGCGCUCUCCGCCAUCAAAUAAAUAUCGCAAACGAAGUACGCGCUCUCGUUCAUGUAGUCCCACAUUAAGUCCGCGUCGGAAAAUUUGUCGAAGUUCUAGUUCCGAAUCAUCUGAUCGUCGAUCUUCUGAAAAUUUCAUUCCAUUUAAUUGUUCUAGUAAAAAGACGCAAAAGGCUAAUAACUCCAAGAGAAGUAAACAUGUUAAAAGCACAAAUUCAAAAUCCAAAGUACCUUUUUAUUCGUCUUCUAUCGGUGGGGCAGUUGAUGAUGAUACUACUCGUUUGCAACAACGCGCAGCUCGAUUCUCUCAAGGAUCAUUGUCGAAGAAGUCGGUUGUCUCGGUAGCAAGUUCUCCUUUCGGUGUAGCGAAACAACAAAAGCAAAGAAAGAGCGUAACUAGUUUGGGUGGGCGUAUGUAUAUGGAUAUCGAAUCCACGGGAGGUUUUGAGACAGGGUUAGAUUUAUUCGAUUUACAUAUAGUAGGUACGUGUAGGGAUUUGGAGAAGUCAUUUCUUCGUUUGACAAAGGCACCAAUGCCGUCGGAAGUGCGGCCCAUUGAGGUGUUAGCGCAUUCGCUGCAAAAUGUCAAACAAAAAUGGAAAGACAAUCAGGAUUAUUAUUAUGCAUGCGAUCAGCUUAAGUCUAUACGUCAAGAUCUGACGGUCCAAGGUAUUCGAGAUAAGUUCACGGUAGAAGUAUAUGAAACACACGCCCGUAUUGCAAUGGAAAAAGGUGAUCAUGAAGAGUUCAAUCAAUGCCAAACACAAUUAAAAAUGCUUUAUACGGAAGUGGGAGCAAGUGUGAAUUCAUUAGAAUUUACAGCAUAUAGAAUACUGUACUAUAUAUUUACAAAAAAUACCUUGGAUACAACAACUGUGCUGCGCUCAAUAAAACAAUCUCAGCGUGAUGAUCCAGCUAUUGCACAUGCGCUAGCCUUCCGGUCGGCAUGGGCGCAGGGUAACUACUGCAAGUUGUUCCAACUUUACAAGUCAGCACCUCUGAUGGCGGGACAUUUGAUUGAUUGGUUCAUCGAUAGAGAGCGCAAGAGUGCACUGCGCACUAUUUUAAAGGCUUACCGACCCUCUAUUGGCAUUGACUAUAUCUCGAAUUUACUUGCUUUUGGAAGUAAAGAAAAAUGUAAAGAGUGGCUAGAGACAUUCAGCAUGCAAAUGAUUAGUGCUGAAAGUGAUCAUAUUGAUUGCAAAUUAGCAACAACAAUGAAUAUCUAAUUAAAUUACUAUCGUUUUCUUAGUGAGGAAAUUAUACAAGCGAGUGAAAGCUUAUGAGGUGGCGUAAAUUACAAUGCAAUAUAAUGUGACUGCGAAUAAGUAUUCUUUGCGAUGAAGCCGACAAUUUAGAGCCUAACCAUCAGAUAAAAAUGAGAAAAGUUUAUCAGCGGCAAAGUGCGAAAACACCUCAUUGGGUUCACUUCAUGAGAUAUAGUGUGGAGCGUUUUAAACGUGUGUGGUGCUUUAUGCCUUGCGCGGUACAAAUAUUUUAAACGGUUAACACAUUGCAAUUAUUCUGGGGAUUACAAAUUUUAAACAUAAAGGGGGGAUUUGAAUAUAAACGUUCACGUGCGGUAUUUAGGCAUCCAACAAAUUUAGUGAAAUAUGCGAAUUCAAUGUGCAAAUAACUAUACAUUUCGGGUAAAGAACUUUUGAGCGUGUUCAUAUCAAAAUACAUUAAAUAAAAUACAAAAAAAAAAUAGCCAUAUUGGCAACGGGAAACGGUAAGGAAUUUUCGGGCGUCGCGCUAAUAAAUUUUUAAAAAUUAUAAUCAAAGUUGACGAGGUCCACCGUCCACCGUAUCCACGGCAACGCUAAAGUCAAUAAUAUAAGAGGAAAAGUAAGAAAAGAAAUUUCCUAUUUAUCUAAUAUGAAAGUGGUUAAGAAUGCCGAAAACUCAUCUAUGGAAAAGUUUUGAAAUUCAAUUGGAGAAUUUAACAAUUCAACACUACGCUAAUUGGACAAAUAUCCUUAUAUAACUUAAUAUAGUCAACAUCUGUUUCUUGCCGGCCAUGACGAUUAACUUAAUUCCGAUAGUGCAAUGGAUUCAUAAUCUGUCGUAAUGAAAUAGUUAUUAACUUUAAAUUGAAUUCUUUUUUUUUUUUUGUUAUAUCAUUGAAACGAGUCUUCUUGCAAUGUUAAGUUCUCGAUUCUAUGUACUAUCAAUAGGUUGAUACAAUUUUUUGAAUGGCUUGAUAAAAAAAUUAUAAUUCAGUCAAUCUAGCUGUGUAUCCGUGAUGAUGCUUACGAAAACAACUUUUUUUUUGCUGCCUCAUCUGAAUUAUAAUAAAAAACAAUUUUUUAAAAUAGGCUGCAGAGUUAAAGUAUCCACAAAAUAUAUUAGGUAUAUGUUUUAUUAUCCAAAGGAUUAUUGUAAAUUGUAACAUAAUUUGAAUGUCAAUUUUCCUAAUGUUUUCUGUCUCUUCUACAAUUAUUUAUGAACGUUAACAUAAUAUUUUGUUGCCAAAUUAUGUGAGUCUCAAGAUGAUGGAAUGAUGAUGUCGGGGCUGGUUAAACCUCUUGCUAUCUACAACACUGAGGUUUGGAUCCAUUAAAAGUUUAUAAAUUUCUUCUGUGCCGCAAAAUGCAAACGAUACUGUUUCGAAUCACAGAAUUGAUAACUAGGAAAUGUUCCCGCAACAACGCGUGCAUUCUUCAACGCCACCGUAUAAUAUUUAUUGCUUAACAAAAGCGGAAAUUGUUUUAUGCAGCUCGGCCAUCGUGUUAUCUUCAAUACGAACCUUACGUUUUAUCCCGAGUUCCCCGAUUUUAUUAAUUAUUACAUUUAAAUAUGUACUAUUAAAUGUAUAAGGCCUUUUAAAAUAUCUAGAUUUAAGUAUUUAUAUAUGUAUAUAUAAUUGUUACUGAUUUCCGAUUGUUUUUUGGCAUUUGCUCCAACCAAAAGAGUUUACCUCCAUUUGCAUAUGGUUGACGCACGUCUGCAUGAACGUAUAAUAAAUUUGCCAAAGGAAUUUGGA